ACUGAGGGGGGUGAAAGGUCUCCCUCGCGCCCGGCGCGUGGGCGUGGAGGCGGCUGCGCUGCGCAUCCCCUGUGUGCGCCCCGGCUCCAGCGUGGGACCCCAGCCUGAGCUGCCGGCCAGACCCUAGCGUGUCUCGUGUGGCCGCGUGUGCGUGGCCUCUGCCCUUCUGCACUGGGGACAGUGUAGACUCCUGGAUGCACAGACAGUUAAGGGCAUGGGCACAUCCUCUAGGGUGGCUAAGCAGACACAUCAUAGGCUGGGCAGAAAUGCCACGUGCAUGUUUAGUGUCAGAGAGAAGCCCCCAAGGAAACAUGGACAUCCAAGGGGGCUGAGGUGGUAGCGAAUCCCACUGGUGUUUUAUGCUGGGAUAGAGCAACAAGAAAGAGUCCUUCCUCGUGUGGUUCUCAGACAAUCCCACCAGAGACAUUGCUUUGACCUGGACCCUCUGUCCUGGAAAGAUAGUGACAAACUGGAGGGUGCUCCAAGUGAUGCUCUGAGGUGCUAGAAGAGUCCCACUCUGGUUCAAAGAGUUUGGUUUACCUGGCUUGUCAAAGAUGUGAUAAGAGUUUGGUAUAAUAAGCUUACAAAUAGCUGAAGGGCCUAAACCUCUAGUAAGCAAAGACAUUUUUUUUCUAUGAUAAAUGGGGGUGUAACUGAAAGGAAUGAGAUCAAGGGGGGAGGGAUAGCUCAGUGGUUUGAGCAUUGGCCUGCUAAACCCAGGGUUGUGAGUUCAAUCCUUGAGGGGGCCAUUUAGGGAUCUGGGGCAAAAAUUGGGGAUUGGUCCUGCUUUGAGCUUGGACUAGAUGACCUCCUGAGGUCCCUUCCAACCCUGAUAUUCUAUGAUUCUAUGAAGGUAAUGAAAAUUAGUGUUGGGUGUCCUCACUCUGUGGUGUAAGAGGCUGUGGACCUGGGAACACCAUUCCGAAAUUGGAAAGCCAAUGUGUACAUACAAAGAUAAGACAACAUUGCUUGUUUGACUGAGCAGAGGAUGUAAAACUCAGGACUCGUGUUCCAUUCUCUGUCCUGUCCCUGUGUUGUGCAACCUUGAGCAGGUCCCUUACCCACUGUGCUGCAGUUUUCCCAGCUGUCAAACAAGGAUAAAUACAUGUACACUUUGAGGGAUUUUGAAGCUUAAGUACCUUGAUGCUCUGUGUAAGUGAUAAAUAUCACGUGCACCUCUGAUUCCGUAUGGAACUGUCUUACAUCUGGACAGGAACAUGACGCACACAUGAAUCUAUGCCAAACAUCUCUACAGAGAAGCAUUCCUACCCAACUGGCUGUUUAGGUAGCUCCCUGCUAAGGUGUAGGCACCCUGUUAGCAGGACUUCAUUGAAAUGGCAUAUCGCUCCAGUAACUACCAGGCGAGUGAGGGAACACUGCAUGUUUAUUGGUUAACAGCUAGGGCACUGCACCCGUGCCUCACCUGGGAUAGAAACUAUGUGGCAGAAUUACAUCAUAACUAAAAUCAAUGUACACCUCAGAGAAUAUACCCAGUGGUUCUCAACCUGUUUAUCAUUGUGGGCCACAACCUGGGCCGAAGGUUGAGAACCACAGCGUCCCAACCUCCACCACCCCAAACACUCCCCACAGACCCCUAUGGCCAGUGCCUCUACCCCACAGAACCCUCUACAGAGUGGGGCCAGGAACGGAGCCUGGGGUGGGUGGCAGGGACCCUGGACCUUGCUGUGUGGGGCUGGGCAGCAGCCCCUACCUGCUGGAUCCCACUGCGGGGAGCCAGGUGGCAGGGCAGCUGGGUGGCAGCCUGGGCAGCUGGGUGGCAGCCCAGACACCAACCUCGCGGGGCUGGCUGGCAGCCCCAGAUCACGGACCCUGCAGGACCAGGUGGCAGCCCCAGACCCCCGCAGUGUGGGGCCAGGUAGCAGCCCCAGCCCAAGCCCCAAGCCUGGAUCCCACCGCACCAGGCAGCCGGGAACCUGGACCCUGCCGCGUGACCCAGCGGCCUUUAGCACAGCUAAUUGGGCUGCAGGUUGAGAACCACUGGAAUAGCCUCUGUCAAAAUAUAGCAUAUUAAAAAGGUUUUUUUAUGUAAUCUGGUCUAGGACACUACAUAUACGGUGAUUUAGGCUCCCAAGCGGUUGUAUGGGGCCAAGAAGUGUUUUCACAGAGAAAAGACAUUAACUUGAAGUUUCUCUGCAAACAUAGGUUUCAUGAAUCUCUGUUGUAAGUGUCCUGAGAGCUCUGAUUUUGUGAACUUGGAACUGUUGAGUAGUAGGGUCUGUUUAAGCAAUGUGUCCCUUCACCAUCUCUUCCAACCUGAGUGGCUACGACUGCUAAACAGAGUUGCACUGGCUUAACUAAAGAUGUAAUUUUUAGGUUGAUUUAGUUAAGCAAGUGCAAAAGGCUUUGUGGAUACUAUUCUUUUGGUUUAGUUCAGUGGUUCUCAAACUUUUGUACUGGUGACCUCUUUCACAUAGUUAGCCUUUGAGUGCGACCCUCCCCUUAUAAAUUAAAAACACUUUUUAAUAUAUUUAACACCAUUAUAAAUACUGGAGGCAAAGCGGGGUUUGGGGUGGAGAACAGCUCACGACCCCCCCCAUGUAAUAACCUCGUGACCCUGUGAGGGGUCCCGACCCCCAGUUUGAGAACGCCUGGUUUAGUUUGUCUGUUAGGAAUCAAUUUAAGCUAAACUGAAAUAAGCCACACUUAAGCCGAAGGAAGAAUUCACAGAGGGAGAGUAUCCAUACGGGGACGAUAUAUCUAUAUUGGUUUAACCAAAGGUAUUGUUUUAAUCCAGUAUAACCUUCUUGUGUAGAGUUCCUUGAAACUGCUGAAGUUAGCAAGCAGGAAACCAACAGGCUAGAAAUCUAGUGGCCUUUGUUGCCUUGUUGAUAUUUCCACGUGUGAAAAUUAGUGUUUACUGCAUAUAGUUUUUUAUUCAUGGUUAGAAGUGGUGUGUUAGUGGAAGAACUGUAGCCAAUUUUGAUCUGGAGGCCUGGCCUACGCUACAAAGUUAGGUCGACAUAAACUGCCUUGCGUCGACUUAAUUAUGCAUGUGUCUACACUUAAAUUUCUCUCCCACUGACGUAAGCACCCUGUUAUGCUGACGAAGUAACACUGCCUUCCUGAGGGGUAUCGAGCCAAGGUCAAUAUAGCACAAGUAUAGAUGCUUCAUGACUGAUGUCGACCCUAAUAGUCCUUUAGCAGCUAUCCCACAAUGUCUGACAUUACUUCACUGCCCAGGUGUCACAUAGAGCAGAAGGUCCCACGAAUUUGUGUUUUCCUGAUUGUCUGGCUUGACGAGCACACCUCUCCAUUGUUGUUGUGUGCAGCUGCCCAGCUGACCAUGUUGGCUGCACACCCCAGAUUUGCUCUGGCUUGGCGUAGACAGGAGAUAUUGGAUGUCCUGGGCCUACGGGGAGAAGAGGCUGUACAAGCACAGCUAUGGCCUAGCUGUAGAAAUGUUAACAUCGAUGAGGGGAUUGUUCAGGGGAUGAUGUAGAAGAUGGGGACCAGCAGCAGUGCCAUGUGAAAGUGAAGGAGCUGUGGCAGGUGUAUCAGAAGGCCAGGGUGGCCAACAGUCAAUACAGAGUGAAGCUGCAGACCUGCUACUUAUACAAAGAGUUACAUGCGAUACUUGGCAAAGGCACCACUACUCCACACGCUAACAUCGAUACCUCCAAGGAGCCUGACCCAGAAGACGUGGGCCUGAACAGCGAGGAGAAGGGAGAAGAGGAGGAUGGAGGAACCUGCAACUGGGGAGUCCAACUGUGCCAUGAACCAGGACCUGUUUGAGACUCCACUGCAGUCCACUCAGUCCUGGCAGCCAAACACAGACGAGCCCAGUGCAGGGGAAGGAACCUCAGCUGCUGCCCUUGCAGCCUUGAAGUUUCCCCCACCACACCCGGGGAAUACCUGAGCCAGAUAAGAGAAAGAAGAGGACUCAGGAUGACAUGUUCAGUGAGAUCUUGCAUGCCAGUGCUGCAUCAGACCAUGAGCACAUGGCUUGGAGGGUCAGCAUUGCAGACAGCCAGGAGAAGGAAAGAGUGGAAAGGACAGGGGCCUGGGAAUUCCAGCAGUAAAAGGAGAGUGAAAUGCACCAAGACAUAAUGGGGCUUCUCAGGCAGCAAUCACUGAUACUGCAACUCUGGUGGACUUACAGGUUCAACAGUCCCGGGCUCACUUUCCUCUGCAACCCACUGAGAACUCUAUUAUGGGACCUCUCUGCCUUUCCCCCAACAGUCCUUAUGACAUCAGGGGCUGCUGCACUACCUGUACCACUCCACCCUGGGGAUACCCUUUUGCCUUGUUCCAGCGCUAUUUCCUCUUCCAGAAGGAGGUCUACCUCAUUCACCUGUACAACACCCUAACAGGGCUCUCAAUUGCCUACUUCAACUUCGGGACGCAGUUCACUCACUCCCUGCUGUGUGUCCUGAUCCAGUUCCUCAUACUGAGGCUUAUGGGCCGCACAGUAACUGCUGUCUUGACCACCUUCUGCUUUCAAAUAACAUACCUUAUGGCUGGUUAUUACUUCACCGCCACAGAGCAUUAUGACAUUAAGUGGACCAUGCCACACUGUGUCUUGACUCUCAAGCUGAUUGGCUUGGCCAUCGAUUAUUACGAUGGAGGGAAGGAUUUGGAGUCCCUGAACCCUGAGCAGAAGCGGUUUGCAGUCCAUGGAGUUCCUACCUUACUGGAGGUUUCAGGUUUCUCCUAUUUUUACGGUGCCUUCAUGGUGGGGCCCCAGUUCUCCAUGACAGACUAUCAGAAACUGGCAAGGGGCGAGAUGACUGAUGUUCCAGGCCAAAGACCCAACAGCCUUGUGCCUGCUGUCAAGCGCCUUACCCUAGGCCUCUUCUUUCUGGUAACCUAUACCCUAGUGAGCCAAUACAUCUCUGAUGAAGACCUCAUCUCUGAUGCAUACCUUGAACAGCCUUUCUGGUUCCGCUGCUUUUACAUAUUGAUCUGGGGCAAAGUGACACUCUACAAAUAUGUCACCUGCUGGCUUGUCACGGAAGGCGUCUGCAUCGUCGUUGGCCUUGGGUACAAUGGCCAGGAUGAGAAUGGGAAACCACGGUGGGACGCUUGUGCCAACAUGAAGGUUUGGUUAUUCGAGACAACACCCUUCUUCACGGGGACCAUUGCUUCCUUCAACAUCAACACCAAUGCCUGGGUGGCUCGCUACAUCUUCAAACGGCUGAAGUUCUUGGGUAACAAGCUUCUGUCACAGGCAUUGGCCCUGUUCUUCCUGGCUGUGUGGCAUGGGCUGCACUCUGGCUACCUUGUGUGCUUCCAAAUGGAGUUCCUUAUAGUCAUCGUUGAAAGACAGGCUAUCAACCUAGUGCGGGACUCUCCUGUUCUGAGUGCUUGGGCCUCUAUCACCAUCCUGCAGCCUCUCUACUAUGUGCUGCAGCAAACCAUCCACUGGAUGUUCAUGGGUUACUCACUGGUGCCGUUCUGCCUUUUUGCCUGGGACAAGUGGAUCAAGGUGUAUAGCUCUAUUUAUUUCUUAGGCCACAUGAUAUUCCUCACCUUACUGCUCGUGUUGCCUUACAUCCGCAGAGCACUUGUGCCACGGAAAGAAAAGCUAAAGAAAGCAGAGUAACAGCCAAAAGUUUGUACCAUGCGUGAACUGUCACAGGUGAUGGACUCAUCCCCUGCUAAAGCACCACCUGUCAAGUUUUCUGUGUUCAAGUUCAACUGUUCUGUCAAUGUGAUGAGGGGAAAAGAGAGUACAGGGUCAGAGACCCCCUGGUGAAGAGCGCAGAGGGCAAUGCCCCUCCACUUUCCACACCCUCUACAUGUUGCCUUAUCUCUCUGCUGCCCUCUGGUGGACACUCCUUUCUGCUGAAUUCAAAUGAUUGUAAAGCACUAAACACCACCACCAUGUGGGGAUGGAACCACCUCUGAAUUUUCUACUUCUCAGUCAUCCCAGAUAAAAAUUGUUUCUUGUUUUUUUUUCCCCCUCCCCACUCCUGCUUCAGCUGCCUUUUCUGGUGAGUGGGAGGGGUGGAACCUCCUCCCUAGGGAACAGUAGGUCCAAGGAAUGUUAAAUAUCUGCUGUGGGAGACC